AUGACAGCUGCGAAAGUGGUUGUCAACGAUCAAGGCUUUCGCGAGAUUCAAGGCGAACCGUUCCAGUAUGGCACUCUCGAUUUUGAGAAAGAAGAGAUCCGCUUUCUCGUUCUGGAGCGAUGCGCCGCUGGAGACGAUAACAAUGGAGGGCCGGGCAGCGACCUGGUCAGCUGCACCAUCGAGACUCAACCGCUAUGCCAUGCCGACCCUUUCAUUGCUGUGAGGAACGCCCGAGGAUACCGACUGCUCGAGGAACUGAUCAUCGUCAACGGCAAGUGCCUCAUUGUCUCGGCCGCGCUGGAAAGAUUUCUGCGACACUUCAGACGGCCGGAUAGAUCUGUGAGGCUUUGGAUUCGAUACAUAUGUAUCGACCAGUGCAACGCGGACGAAAUGUCUCACUACUGGACUCGCGAAUUUCAGGACAAGAUGUACGAGGUGGCGCAAUCGGUGGUGGACAUGCAGCGGUUUCUGCGGGAUCUACUAGAUCGACGAACGUUUGAAAAAGUGGUUGACUCCCGAUACAGGGAAUGGACGAAGGAGUGGCAUGGAUUGCCUGAGCAAUGGCCACUGCCAAAGGUCUAUCCAAUCAAGCUCGGAAGCAAAGCAUCCAACGAGCACCCAACACAAGCAUACCAAUACGUGCCUCUGGACACAGUGGUCGACGAAACCCGCAUGAUCGUGAUCGACCCAAGUGAGGAUAGACAAGCACCAUUAGUGCUUCAUUUGGCGCACAGUCCGCUGGCUUCUGACGUGGCCUAUCACGCUUUGUCGUACACUUGGGGAGACGCCCAAGACAGCGUCGAGGUCACUGUGAUGGGCCAACUGAUGCGCAUUCGAAAGAACCUGGAACGUGCCCUCCGUCGACUACGGCGGUCCUCGUCACAUGCUUGCACCGUGUGGGCAGAUGCCAUUUGUAUCAAUCAAUCUGACACGAGCGAAAAAAGCCAUCAGAUUCCUCGGAUCGCCGCCGUCUAUGACCAGGCUGCCUGCGUCGUCUGCGAUGUGGGCGAGGAAGACCGGUACAGCGAGCUUGCUCUAGACUUUGUCAAGCAUCUUCAGGAACCCGUCAUUCGCAUGGAUGAAGACUGCGAGUUCAUCGUCGGAAAGCCAGAUCGGAUCGAUCCAGGCGAUGUCCCUCGACUCUGCGCGGCCUUGUACAUGUUCCUGAUGCGCCCUUAUUUUCGGCGAGCAUGGGUUAUCCAGGAGGUGGCCUUGGCUUCGAACCCGGUGAUUGUCUGUGGCAUGCAAAACGGCACUCCCUUUGAAGCCCUCGAGAAGGCCGCAACUAAUCUGAGCGACAUGAUAUUGCGCGACCCGGACCUCGUCAGGAAGAUGAAGGAUUCUACGCCUGAUUUGCACAGCGUCGACCCGGACCAGCUGCUUUUCAUUCGCAAGCUCGUAUUUUUUCGCCACCUCCACAUGUGCAGGAAUCGCAAUGGGUUCAUCAUGCACGGUAUCAGAAACACGGCGCCUGGAUACUUGGAGGCCGCAAUCCUGGCUCGAGAUUUCGAAGCAGCCGUCCCACACGAUAAAUUGUUCGCAUUAUGGAACGUGGCACGCGACAGGGCUGGUUUAGACUAUGUUGCGGACUACUCACGCACAUACGAGGAGACUUGCAUGGACUUUACCAAAGCCUGGUGCGUGCACAGCGGCAGUCUAGAUAUGAUUGCUGCCUCUGAGUUCAAGAAGCCCGGUGAUCACCAAGCAUUCUAUUCAAAGGCAUCCUCGUGGUGCCCAGACUUCAGCACCCCAUCACUCUCGAGCUCUCUCGUCCGUCGUGAGAAGCUCCGGCUCGCCCAAACAUCAAUCCUGGACGAUAUCGACGGCAGGGUCUAUUGUGCCGAUGGCAACGUGCGCCAGGAGCCAGGGGACAGCAAGUACUUUGAAUUCAAAGGCAACACCCUACACUGCAUGGGCGUCAUACUGGACAAGGUCGAUGGUGUUGUAGCCAGCACAACCGAAUACCCUUCAGCCGACGCCGCAAUCUUUGGACUCUUUGAAUUUUGCAAAGGCUUCUUCGAGAAGAACAACAUCACCACGUACAACGAUGUCGCACAGGCGGUGGUAGCGAUGGUACACGGCGACUGCAUUGCGUCGUGGCCGAAAAGAGCCGAAAGGCCUGAGAUGCUUCAAGAUGAAGACUCGGACGCGGCCGUGCACGGGUACACUUGCAUACCGUUCAAGCCAAGGUUGAUCCCUGACCAGGAUCCGAAUUGUUCUCGCCACGUCCCCUGGUUUGCAGGCGGCUACUCGUCACAGGAAGCGUCCCAAGUGGCGCGCACCAUCAUGCGCGGCAGGCACGUGUUCGUUUCCGAGAAGGGUUAUCUAGGCCUCAUACCGAACUUUGUCAGCGAGGUGGAGGGCGAUGGUCAUAGUCGUGGAGCGCUUCACCUGGCGAUCCUGCCAACGUGUUCCAUCCCCGUCUUGCUCGGCGAUCACCCGGAGAUUGAAGGCGCGUACAGGUUUCUGGGGACUUGUUUCGUGCAAGGCUGGAUGGAAGGAGAGGUCCUGACAGAAGAAAUGGGCUGUGAUGACCCGGCCGAGUUUUGGGAAGCAAUGACAGGCACCGAUAAACUCAGGAUUGUAUGA